CAGCCAUGCAGUGAUGCUGUUGUCCCUGUGCAGACCGGGUCGACCUUUCACCUACUUUCCUUUCAGACUGACAGCUGCUGCAGGCAAACAACUGGCCGGCAUUUACAAACUACAGUUUUCAGUGCUUAUCCUAAAUCUAAGUGGGGAUCGGAUUCCAAAAUGUGGAUGAGUUCAUUUGCACGACUUGCCCGUCCUGUCCUGCAAAGGAGCGCCUCUCCAAUGGUCUGCAAGGCCCUGAGGUCUUGUCAUAGGAUGGAGCUUCCUGGAGCUGCACCAAGCUUCUGCAUAACUCCAGUUCAUGUUCGCAGCCAUCAAACCCUCGGCUCUGCCUCCCUCCCCGUGGCCUGUCACUCAGUGAGGCAUGUCCGUGUUGUGGAGGAGGAGCGGCUGAUGGUGGUGGAGUGGGAGGAUGGAGGACAGAGCUUGUACCCAUUCACCUGGUUGAGAGAUAACUGCCAGUGUCCAGUCUGCACCCUGCAAUCGGCUGAGGCGCGCUUGCUGUUGCUGGCAGACCUUGAUAUCCAUACAGGAGUGGAUUCUGUGGAGGUUACCAAAGACGGCAAAGUUUCGAUUGUGUGGCCCGAAAAACACAUGAGUGUGUUUGAUGCAGAGUGGCUAAAGAAGCGCUGUUUUUCUCCUGCUGCCAGGCAAGCAAUGCGAGAGGAACUUUUCCUUAAUGAGCGUUUUUAUUGGGACGCGUCGCUGCGUAUUCCCAGGGCUGACUUCCACGAAGUUCUCCAUGACGAUGGCGCUGCCCUCGCGUGGCUCCUGGCUCUACGCCGAGUCGGCAUCGUCCACCUAAAGGGGGCGCCUGCAGAGCAAGGCCAGGUGGCCAGACUGGCUGAGAGGAUUGGAUAUCUUAGGCUGACGUUUUAUGGGCAUACAUGGCAAGUCCAGGACAAAUCCAUGGCAAACAAUGUGGCAUACACUUCUGGGAAACUAAGCCUGCAUACAGACUAUCCUGCUUUACACUUUGCACCUGGGGUACAGUUCCUGCACUGCAUUAACCAGGCGGAGGAAGGAGGGGAGAGCGAGGUGGUGGAUGGCUUUCACAUGGCCGAGCAGCUCCAUAGAGAGGAUCCAGAGGCCUUUCGGACGCUCACCUCACUCCGCAUCGACUUCACAGACACCGGGACAGACUACUGUGACUUUAUGCUACAGUCAAAGAACCGUAUAAUCGACGUUGACUCUGAGGGUAACAUCUGCAAAAUAAACUACAACAACGCCACCAGAGACUCUGUGCUGGACGUCCCCCUGCAUCAGGUUCAACCCUUCUACAGGGCCCUGAAGGCCUAUGUGGACAUAAUGAACAGACCAGAGAACGUGGUCACCUACACCAUGGAGCCAGGAGACAUCGUGACCUUUGACAACUGGCGUCUGCUGCACGGCAGAAAGAGCUACGUGAGCAGACCAGACAGGCUGCGACACUUGGAGGGGGCCUACCUGGACUGGGACGAGGUGAUGUCUCGUCUCCGGAUUCUCCGCAGAAAUGUCCACGGGGACGUUUGAGCCUUGGACAAAAGGUCACAUUUACAUAGGAAGCCUUAAAGCCUCAAAUUAAUCUGAAACUACAACUUAAGCCACAUAUGGGUCUUAAAAAGUGCUUUAAAUGUUGAAAGAAUCAAGAUGUAACGAAUUAGACGGCAAGCUAAAAGGAAAGUCUCCAACUUUGAACUUUAUGCAACACAACAAUGCAAAGAUGAAUCGGCCUAGUUAAGAGAUUUAAAAGGUGCUUUUUCAUUUUAGAUUAAAUGCAUGUUUUAAUAUCCUUUGGGUACUUUGCAAGUAUCAUUACUAAUUUAUUUUUUAUAUCAUUCCCUUUUCUUUACAAAGUAUAUCUGGCUCAAAAUCUAUUUUUAUAAAUAUUACUUUUGUGCAUUAUUUUUGCUAAAGAUAAAUAAGUUAAACCAUACCUUAGUUUUUUUUUUUUUUAACUAAACAAAAGUUUGACAAAAAGGAAAUGGACAUUUUUAGCACUGUGCCUUUUUUGAACAUUUUAGGUCCCCUUUACAACUUUAUUUGCCAAAGUAAAUCUUAAAAGCAGUUUUUGGUGAUCUUUUAUAUAGAAGAAAAGGCUCUUACCCAUCAAAACAAUCACUUAUUCAGAUUUGUUUAACAUAAGUAGAUUACAUAAUGUAAAAAUGAUUGUUCUCUUCACCAAAUAAAUUCAGGAAAAGAUGAGAAAAAAGUGCAGGGAGUAAGCGGGCUGGAUGAAGAGACCAAAGAUCUAUUAAGCAUGUCGAUAAGCCAUUCAGGUGGCUGUAAAAAAAAAAACCAGAACAUCUAAAUGCCUGCAGGCCUCAUUUGUCUCAGGUGACAGUCGGAGGUCAUGGUCCAGUAGAGACUGCGGAAAAUAGUAAAAUCAAUGGGAAAGGUUCCAAGGUUAAGGCUUACCAAAAAACAACAAAAGCAUUCCUGAAAAUCUUAAUGAUCUCAAAAACUUCCCAAAAAAUAUUUUGAAUUGUGAAGAGAUGUGGAUAUUUAGGAAGAUUGGCCUCCAGGUGACUCUGAAACAGGGUGGUGGUGGUAUGAUGGGCAGGAUCUGCUUUAAUAUAGGAAAUACUUUCCUGAAGGAAAUUGCCUCAGAAGUUCAUGACUUUAAGCUUAAGAAAAGGACAGGGACCCAAAGCACAGCAGCAAAUUCAACUCCAAAUGACUAAAGAGUGGCCUGGACUUGAAACUAAUAAAAAAAUGUGCUAUUGCAUAAAGAGACCUUGUGUCCCCAAACUCUCUGAUGUUCUUGAAUUAAAAACCAUCCAGCAAAGAAGCAGGAGGCAAAUUUCUGCAGAGAUGUGAAAAUCCACUCGAUGCCGUUUUGUUCCAACAAGGGAAGCAGAACCUUUAGGGGGCCGAUACUUCAUGAUGGACCUGGAGGGUUUGGAUUUAUUUUUUUUUUCCACUUUUGACACAAAAACUGCUUUUCCUAUUUACUUAUGUCACCUUUAUCUUCUAUUGAAAUUAAAAGGCACAUCAGCAGAUCUUUUGAAAGGCUUUGCAGGCCAGUAUGGUUACAAAUGGGAUAUUUUCACAGCAUUAGUAAAUUAAGUCAUUUAAUCUUAGAUGUGAACUUUAUUUUGUCACAAAAAUGUACAUUUCUGCCUGUUAA